AUGUCCAGUGUCCAUCCAAUGUUCAACAAGUGCAGACUAUUGCUAAAGGAGAAUAAUCAUCUCGUUAUUCUUCCGGCAGACAAAGGCAAUGCCAGGGUGGUGAUGGAUAAGGGCGACUACUCCGGAAAGCACUGUGCGAUGUUGGGUGACUCGAGAGUUUACACAAAGCUCAGGAAAGAUCCUAUUCGUACUAUUGAGCGUCAAAGUACUGAUCUCCUAAAGAUGGCUGGUCUCUCAGCUGAUCUGACAAAAUUCCUCACUCCCAAAGAAUCUUUUCCUCCUAGACUCUAUGGACUUCCCAAAAUCCAUAAAGCGUCUGUUCCUCUGCGGCCCAUUAACUCGCUAGAUUUCGUCAACAAACUGAAGAAUCUCAGGACUUCUCCAGAUGACAUCCUAGUGAGUUUUGAUGCAGAAUCACUCUGCACCAACGUCCCAAUCCCGGAAACCUUGUUCGAAGGAGAGUUGUAUGAGAAAAAAUCGGGAGCAGCAAUGUGUUCCCCCAUCUCCCCGAUCAUUGCAAAUAUUUUCAUGGAACACUUUGAGAACGAAGUUUUGAAGUCAGCAGCGCAGAAACCUAAUAUGUGGUUCAGGUAUGUGGACGCUACCUUUGUCAUCUGGCCACAUGGGAGGUCUGGUCUAAACCAAUUCCUGGAGUUCUUGAAUGCUCAGCACCCGAGCAUCAAGUUCACCAUGGGAAUUGAACAGAACGGAUGCCUCCCAUUUCUGGAUGUCUUGGUUCUUCGCAAUAAGGAUGUCACUCUGGCUCAUCAAGUAUAUCGCAAGCCGACCCACACAGACAGAGCUCUUACGAUCUCCCAACCCUCCAACGUCAACAGCGAAAUUGAACAUCUAGGAACAGCUCUGACCAAGAAUAGAUAUAACCUCCAACCAAUUCAAAAGGUCAAGGGAAAGCUACAGAGCAAGCUCUCAUCUCCUCAAGAGGAGAUUAAUCCUGAAGAAAAUCAGGAGAAAAUUAAAGUGGUCCUCAUCCCCUACCUGGGAGGCACCACUGAACGCAUCAGCAGAGUACUCGGCAAACACAACAUCCGAACAAUCUUCCAACCCCCAAAGAAGAUUGAACAGACGCUGCCGAGUGCGAAAGAUCCCAGACCGCCUCUGAGUACACCUGGAGUGAACACCAACGGUAUUCCAAAUACGGUCACUUACAACAGUCUGCCCUUCUUGCUGAACAUUGCGAUGGACGCUGGACAUAGUAUCGAGUACGAUCAAGCCAGAAUGUUGGCCAAGUCUCCAGGAUAUUUCGAAAGGAAAUACCGAGAAGGCUUGGAGAUCUACAAAAACCCUAACAACAUCGACAGGGAUAGGGGAUAUCAAGUGAACCCUAUUUGGAAAACCAUCCCCCUGGUUUUUUAA